ACAGGGGGGAGCCAGUCGUCCACGGUGCAUGUAGCAGAAAUCCUCAAGAACUACUGUUUAAUAUUUGAGGUCGUGAGUCAAACGAAAGAGACAGAAAAAGGUUGAACACCCCUCCGCGAAUGUUGGUGUUCCCGUAUCACAUAACUGAGACUGCUAUGAAAUUUCUUCAUCGCUUUGCUGUCUGACUGUCCCUUCAACGAGAAGCACGGGACCUGCGUGCUCAGCUGGAUUGGUCCAUCAUAACAUCGGACAUCAGUCUGCUAGCUAGCUGUCGAUGUUCAGCAGUCGCUACUUUCCACCGCAGCUGAAGAAGGAGAAGGAACCUCAUAGUGCUGAGCUGGAGGCCUAGGUGGCACGUAAGGUAAGGCUUCUUUUUUUAAACAUAUGCUAAUUUAUGUGGCUCAAUGUGGUGUAUUUACCGCGGGUAUUACCCCAGCGCACUAGCAUCCUUCGCUCCUGUCCAGCAACAUCUGUAUGUUUGACAGAUGAGGCUAAUGUUAGCUGGAGUUAGCUUGGUGGGACCCCAGACGACAGAUAGUUCUCCUGUGAAUUUAUAGCGUUUAUUACUAAGACGCUCUGGCUGUAUUAUAUUGACUACCAAUGUGGGAAGAAAUGGGAUUAUAUAACGUGGAUAUUACUAUUUCAGACAACAAACCUUGGUCGUUUUAGUAGGACUAAAUAAGGCUAAACACGUCGAGUUGACCGUUAUUUCAAGUUAAAAGCAGUGAACGGUUUACCAGUGUCUGUCUAACCAGUUAUCACAUAAAUGUCUUUAAAUCUGAGAGGACACUGUCAGAGUUUAAUGCAUUUUAAACACCAGAAGUUGCUUUGACGUGAACAUUUACUGUAAUUUUAACGAGAAAUGCAGAGGAAGAAUAUUAAUAAAUUUAAUAAAAAGCAUUAGUUUCCUUAUGGCUGUAGUUUUUAUCCAUUCAGUGUCACAAUAUCAAAUGUGGUCUUGUUUAUUGUCUAAAGAAAUAACAUUAUCGAAAUUCUCCAUCUCAUACACAUUUGUUGCUAGAUGGCUGUAUGAUUGUUACCAUGACAUUUGUGGUAGCCCAUUAAUGCCUGACACCACAAAUUACAACCAGAAAAUUCACAUUUUUUUGGAGCUGAAUUUUUUAUUUUACGUACUACUGAAAACUAAAUACAUCUAAAUGUCCUUAAAAUUUAACAAAUAUAUUUAUGUAUUCAGGUGUUUUUUUUAGUAAUUUGUUCAUCAUAUUGAUAGAAGUAUAUUAAAGUAUUUAUCAAAAAUUAUACAAAAGGCAUUAAAGGGUUAACACCAUAUUUGUAGUUUCAAGUGUCAUGGCAAGGUGAAGGGAAGCAGGUCCUGAUUCAAAACAACCAUACUACAAUCUGUACCAGAUAGUUCUAGAGAGUCCUCAGGCGUCUUACCAUACAGUUACAGAUUUAUGACAUCUUUAGACUAUUUGUGGGAGCGUAAAAAUGGGGCGAUGUGACUGCUUUUUGCUGUCUGGACCAUCCUGAACCAGAACCACAACACCACGACCAUUACACUGUUUGUGAAAAUGCAAGAAAGUGUAGUAGUUCUGCAUGAAGAUGUUGUUCAGUGUUGUCAUAGGGUGUAAAAGCAGUGAAAUCACCCUUUCCUGUAUUCUCACAAUCUUACUUCCCAUUUCCUCAUAAUAACCUGCUCACUAUACAGCAUCCUUACACUUUAGCUAGAACCUGGCUUUGGUAAACUGACAUUAUUGUCAAGUCAUUUGACAGUUUUAUUUGACUUAAUAUUAUUAUUUUUUUAUUCAUUUAUCUAAUUCUAUUUGGAUGGUGGCCUCUUUGGCCUUUAGAUUUACAGUCAGGUACUGAGAAACUCUGAUGUUCGUUACAGUUUUUUCCAGCUAAACUGAAAAGUAAUUCAUAGUCACAGUAACAAGUUGUAGUUUUCUGGAUAAGUUGUUGUUAAGAAGGACAUAAAGGGUUACUAGUUAUGAGGAUUCACGAUUUAAAUACCUUGGCUGCCAAUUAAACAUUUCAGAUUCUCAGUGACACUUAGCUGUAAAUGAGUGAUAAUACUUAAGAGGAUGCUCAUCUCUCCAUUUACCAAAGCUUAUCUCUAGCACAGCUCCAUGACAGGGUUGACCUGUUGAUCUUUUAAUGAAGCUGGGGAUCCUCCGCUGCUGCAGAUGGCUCUGUGUAGUACUUUUACUGUAUGUCUGUUUGCAGGGCAGUGUCUGCUUUAUUAUUAAUGCUGUACAUGGCAUGGACCCCCCAAGCACUGAUAAGUCCUCUCUCCCCUGCCUCUACUGUCCAGAUAGUGAAGGCCAGGUCAUGUGACUUUUGUUAUGAUAAGAGGCACAGGACAGCAUCUGGAGCUCAGCAGCAUCUGUUGGUGUUUCACUAGGCUUAGAUCUGACUGCAGGGCUUGUUCCUCAUCUAGUUGCUGUGAUCGACGGGGAUCAGGGAAGUUUGAGCUUUAUCCAUCAGGUUGGUUAUCCAUGUCAAACAGUCUCUCUGUCGUUGUAGUGGAGCACCAGUGAAGGGAGGUCUGUGUCAGCCCACCAAAGAAGUUGGCUUUUUUGUCUUGAGUGGAGUAAAACCUCCUCCUGUCAACAAGGAGUGGUUUAUAUAUUCAAUUCUCAGCUAAAUUCUUGGAUGAACAUAGUAUUAGUUUGCAGCCUUUCCAUAAAAAUAUAGGGUGUGAUGUGGCUGACAUAACAAAAUACUAAUUUAUCGGUCAGCUGAUCUAUCGGGCCAAUUAAUGUUGCGAUGUUAAAAUGUCAUUUAGCAAACACUUGUGACGUACAUUUAAGAGCAAGUACAAAUAGAUUAAUAAUAUUUUGACAUAAUCUGCAGCAUAAUAUUGGCUUCCCUAUAUUGGCCCUCACAAGGCUGAUAACACCAUUUUCUUUUGACAGCAGGUCAAAUCUAAGACUGACUCGUGUUUCAUAUAAAUUUCAAUGACUUGAUGCAAAGAAUAAUACAGUUUAAUAAUGAUAUAACUGAUAUUUACCUUUGUUUUCUUUUAUCUUGUACUUGUUUCAGAUCGUCUUUUAUGGCAAUGUCUUUCUUUAUUCAGUGAAACAUUCACUUUAGUUCAGAAAUAUUUUAAGCAUUAUUAUACUAAAAAAAAAAAAAAAAAAUCCAACAUUGGCAUUAUAGAUCAGCUAAAGGCCAACUUACUGUCUCAUUGUUGGAAUCCGCAUUGACCUUUAAAAGACUGUACUCUAGUCGUCAACCACAUUUACACAGUUGACCAAACGAUGUUGGGCCCUAGGAUAGGCUGAUUGUAUAAUUUAAGUGUUUUCCCUCUCAGUACUUAGUUCUGUCUUAAGAGUAAUAUCUUCACUCACAGUCCACCUGGAGAUGUUUGAUUUAAUUCCAACUUCAAAAUGUAAUACAGUGGCAGCCCCACAGUAAUCCGUGUUUGUACCAACCUCAACAUCCUCAUACUGAAUGGGCUUUUCCCACUUUACUCACUCACUGUUAUUGAAACAGCCAUCAUUUUUCCAUCAUUACCUUUAAGGAAAUGGUUGGAAACGUCUUCAUAAACGUGAACGGCGGUGGGUGUGAUUGUGUCUCACCAUUUAGCUGAGAUCAAAGUAGGUCAAACAUGGUAAGUUGUCCCUGGAUAUAAAAAGUCUUCUGGAGCUGGCGCACUGUGAGUUUCAUUCAGUGUCACAUCUCUUUAUAUAGUCCGCCGAGGUUGAGUCUACUGAGGCCAAGUCCAUUUUCCAGACUACAUUGUCUUUCUUUGCUCACAGCGUAAGUCAGUGUUCAAGUCAAACUGGGUUUUACAAGCUUAUCCUUUCUGCUGAAUGAAACUGCAGUUAUUUGACAUCAAUAAUGAAUACAACAUAAAUGUUUGCUUUCUCAAAUAGUCAGGAAAAGUGAGAGAUCAUGUGACCAGGACUAAAGAGAGAUGUGGUAACAAACAGUUUUUGUACUUGGCUGUCUGAGUAAAAUGUGAAGUGCUUAUUGCGCUCCCUUUGUUAGUUAACAUCACUAUAUAUAGGCUGGCAUAGGAGGUAGAAAGGCCACCUGGAGUGGGUGUCUCUUCCCACACAUAGUCCUCAUUCUGAGCAUGGCUGGAGCUCCCACUGUCUUGUUUUUCUUAUUGCCUCCCCUUGUUUUCCUGAGUCUGGGAGAUUUACACAGCUCCCACACAGGCACUGACACAAUCCUGUCAGAACCAUGACAGAGGGAAACAAGGAUCCCUCCCUUUGUCUUUGUCUUUCACUCUGUUUUUCACCUCUUUCCUGCCCUUCCCAUUUUCCUCAGAUAAUGAGCAGAUAAUAAGCUGAGUGGAAUUGGAGAUGGAAAUGGCCCUCUUGAAAUUAUGCAAAAAGGUUUUUAGUAAUAUGCUUUAGAGUGCAUAAUUAACCAUGUUGUGUAACCGCCAUCAAAAAGCAGACCGAGCCGUUGCUUUUACAGACGAAUCAAAUCUGUCCACUAAGUGCUAAAGUUUGUGAUGCAUUAAUUGCCACUCAGCAGAACGUGUGUGAAAGGACAAGACUCCGUGGAUGUCUCAUACGGAGAAAGAUGAUUUUUACUGAUUUUUUCAGAGCUAGCAAGCAGCAUCUCUGAUUAUUUAUUCCCCACACAGUUCAUUACACCCACGUCUUGAUUCAUGCUGGCCUGUCAAAGACUGUGUUCUUGCUGUGGGCAAAAGGGAUUCAGUGUCAGUUGUACAUAUACCUUUUAUCAUUGUGUCACAAGGUCCUAAACAAAGACGGUUAGCUCCCUUUAAGUGACCUAGCUCAUCCCAGUUUCAAACCUACCUCUUUGGCACUUCUAUCCCUCGUGACCUAGCUGCACAGGUUCUCAGAUUGCGUCUUAAGUUAAUUCAUUGUCCUCUGCUUUUACUUUCUACAGCUAAACUUUUCAAAAUGAUGUUUUGUCUAUCACAUUAAAUGCAAAAAGCUCUAAUUAACCGUUACCACAGUUUGUGGUGCGUUCAGCCCUUUGGGUGUGCUAAGAUUAUGUAUUUUUUGCUCAUUUGAACUAGUCGGGUGCAGUCAGUGGGCGCAAAAGCCAAGCUGUAUUUUUGUAAAUCAGGCCUUUAGUGUAAGGUCCAGCUGUGGUCACAUAAAUGUGAUGUACCCUGAAAAGAUGGAGUAUUUUUUUUCCAGAAGGAGGUUCCUAUAGAGGAUUGAUGUAUUUAUGUCCUCAUCCUUCUUCUGCUCUCUUCACUUAGGUACUUAAUCCCCCAGAGAUUCCCAUCUAAUGGAUCAGUGGUUGUACAUCUUUGUGAAGAGGCACGAUGUUUCCUUGUCACAUCAGCCCCUGGCCCUCUGCUGAGCCGCCGGCCUCCUGCGGCAGUCAUGCACCUCCAGCUCAGCCAUCCCAACCCUUACCGGAUCUGCUGUGCAGCUGUCCCGCUGCACCUCUGAACACCCACUCCGAGACACCCUCUCCAGACCCCAUGGAGUCCCUCAUCGUUGUCACAGAGUAUGAACCUAGUAGAGCGCCUGGAGAGGCCGGAGAGGAGGAGGUAAGAUGAAACAAAGGUCACAUUUGAAAGUGAUUUAACCACAAGUGGAUGACUCAAGGGACAUCAGUUGUUGUAUUGAAAUGAAACCAGCAUCUCAAUGGACCCUUAAGAGCCAAACACUCAUAAAAUAAGUCCAAAAACCAUUUUUGUAAAAGAAAAAAAAACAUAAUUUGUUCCAAAAAGUGUGUGUACUGACAAAACUUUGUGUGGACGGGAGGCUUCAUACCAAAAGUCUACUGUUUAAUGGUUCAUUACAGACUGCAUGGUCUUCACUGAAGACUGGUGUGUAACAUCGAUAAACAAAGGAAUUAUACUGUGGUUAUAAACAAAUAUAAAUCGUACACAACUCUUGUCUCGGCUUUGAAACAUCAGUAUCCUCACUGCACUGCAUUAUUAUAAUCUAUCAUUCGCUGGAUUGAAUCUCUUGCCCUUGCCCCUAUAUGAGGUCAUCUUUCAAUUAUUGAAAAGUUAAAAGCACUGUCUGUCAAUAAAUCAAUAUGUACCCUUGCCCCCUCCCUCCCCCAUAAGCUGUCAUCAUGCUUGGAUUGACAAGAAAAAAAACAAUACAGUUUAUAAAGUUUAGCAGAGGAGUGACAAAAUAGACAAGUAAUCUGACGCUCAGUUUAAGAGUUUCGUUGUAAGGUUUAGUUGCUCUGUUUGGUCAGAACCCUGGAGUGUGGACGGCAGGAAUGGACAGAAAAAAGGUCUACCAUAAACUCUGCCUCAACGUCGAGGAUGCUGCAGUCAUGUUCUCUGUGUCUCUGUCCACCCAGGAUACCUGCUGAUUCCAGGUGUCAACAAAGUCCCCAAAUUGUUGUGGUUCUUCUGAAUGAAACAGUGGCCUGAUACAUAUUGAUUAUUUGCAUAAAUUCGCCCUUUUUUCUCUGCUGUUUGGUGCAUCCCUAAGAUUUUUAAAGCCUUGUGGAGAAUUGAAAUAAUUGAUUUUGGAUAAUAGUUUCACACAUUUGUAUGUUUAGAAACAAUAACUAUACAUUAAUUUAGGUGAGAGUUUCCAUUGUCAACAGUGUUUAAAAGGAGCUUGGCUUUUUUCUGUUCACUGAAAAAUGAAGCACAGACAGGAAAAUGAAAUUAGCAUUUUACAAAGUUGAUCAUAUAUCCAUAUGUUGACAAAUUUAUUAUGUUAAUUUCAUUUUAAUGUCACGUCUUAGGUAGAGGAUAUGGACAGUUCUGAGACGCCAGAGCCAGCCUCCUCAGCGGCAAUCCCUUUCAGGGCUCCCUCCUGCGACCUGCUGUCCCACACAGUCGGCCGGUCAGAGGCUCUGCGACCUGAAAGCCAAGAGCAAAGAGGAAGGUUAAACCUGUCGGACAGGAAACUAUCCCUGCAGGAGCGCUCACAAACAGCUGCAUCGCCCUGCAACUCUCCUGGACUCAACGGGCGCUACAUCUAUCCUUCACUACCCUACUCCCCUAUCACAUCACCUCACUCUUCUCCACGCUUGUCCCGCAGGCCCACUGUGGAGUCUCACAGUGUUUCCAUCACAGAUCUCCAGGUAUGCUCAAGUCUCACAAGUCAGACAUUAAUAUAGCUCCCAGCCUGUUUGAGUAAAUCAGUAUUCUGCACAUCCAAUAAGAGGAGAAUCAGAGUUCAGAGUUUUAAUAUCUUUACAGAAUUAUUUGAUCUCUGUCAGUUUCGUGAUCAGUACGAGUGAAUCAGCUAUUCUGCUUGUGCUGGAAAGCAGCAGUCAGCGUCUGGUAGUUUUCAAACUAUCACUGUCAUACCUGUCUAUGUGUGAGUAAGCAGAACUACAUGUGUAUGUAUUUGUCCCUAAAGCAGCAUCACCUUGGUAAAGACAGAUCUCUGUGGAUGUAAAGGUAAGGUUUGACAGUCUCAGUAGAUGUAGAUACUAGCUGUGUCCCCCGCUGCACAUAGAGACAGAAACCUUUUAGAAGAAGUAAGUAGUGCUUCUGUUCAGUACACAGGCUUCUUUUUUAUGUUGUUAGACCGUCUUUCAGUUUUUCUUUGACAGAAAAACAAAUCAUAGAUGCAAUUAUGGUGAAUUGUUCAAAACAUUUACAGUACUGUAAGAAACCAGAACAAAGUGACUCACAGACAGUAAUGUAUUUAAAUGGAGAACAGGUUCAUCAGUGCAUCUCAUCAUGUUUACAUGAAUCUCUCUGCUGUCUGGGUUUGGAUUGUCUGCAGAAAAAGUUCUGUCACUUACUGCUUUAAAUCAGUGUUUUAUCUGAUAAACUGCAAUGAAAUGAAUAGUGAUGCCUUUGUAUGUCCUAUAAAAGGCAGCUACAUCAUCAACAUUUCUUUGUUGAUGUUUAUUUACUUGUAACCAUUUCUUGGGGUAGGUGCCAAUAAGUAUCCUGAAGAUUUUCUUUUUUUCAAAUAUUCAAAUCAAGCGAUACAUUAAGCUGUUAGGAGAAACCAGAAUGAGUUUUUUUUAGUAAAAAUAUCUACACAUGCACAGGGUGAGCUCAGCAAAGAGGUGAGGCAUACCACUUUAAGUGACACAAACUAGAAGUUCCCCGUAGGAGCUUUAAAGGGAUAUUCCGGCGUAAAUUUCACCCACUCACCCGCUCUCCUCCAGCAGCCGCCUGUUUGUGGGGGAGCCCUGACGAGUCGAUCACCGAGUGCAACAGAAAAUGUUUGAUUAUUACUUCAUGGAAAUGAUCUGCUGCACUCAGUGAUCGACUCGUCAGCUCCCCCACAAACAGGCGGCUGCUGGAGGAGAGUGGGUGAGUUGUGUUUGGUCUCUAAAAGAAAUCAGGCAAAGCUAAAAAGAUGCUUGAUGGCUAGUACUAUGGCUGGGACCCUGUACCUACUGUUGAUAAAGUUAGGGACUGCUCUGAGUAUCAUUUGUGGCUAUAGAGUGGCUUUUUGGUUGAGGUUUGCACAUGGAGACGUAGACCUCUGUGUAUUGCUAUCGUGCGGUCGUUGCUGAAGUUGGUGUAACUAGAGAAGCAAGCAGCAGGGGGUGUCUAACUCGCUGUUACAGUGUGUUUGACCAUAAGUUAAAUUUACGCCAGAAUAUCCCUUUAAGCUAUAAAUGAUACUCCAGAACAUUAUUGUCAUAUCUCUCGUACAUUCGAAGAAAAGCAGCUAGAAUCAGUGUACAUGUGUAAGUCAACUGUCAGCUUUCAUCGUGGGUUGAGCACUGUUUACCUCUGCAAGAUAUUUUCCUACAUUUGAAGAAGUUCCCCUUGAAAUGUAUCUUUGCAAAAAUGACAGAUUGAACUGGAAUAGUUAAUGUAAAGUCAUACUGAUAUGCCUACAAGCUGAGAAAAUUGGUCUUGAGCUGAAAGGCUCCCGUGAGAAGACUGAUCUGAAAAAUAAUAAUUGAAAGGAAAUGUCAUGGGGAAAAUGUUGCAUACCUUCCAGGAAGAUUUAUAUUUGAUAAGAAUACUAAUGAUGUAUCAAGAGUGAAAUAUGCAAUGUGAUGGCAUUUGAAAAGAAACCAUUUUCUCUUCUCUUCUCCCUUUUCUUUUCAAGGACUGUGUUCAACUCAACCAGUACAAGCUGAAAGAUGAGAUUGGAAAGGUACCAUCAGAGACAACUCUCUUGAUUGCUCCCAUUCACCGACUCUUCCAUUUUCCUUCUCCCUUCCGCCUACUGCAUGUCUGUCAAGUAGCGCACAUCAUCAAGGACACACAGUAACAGCCUCUGGUAUCCUCUCUCCCGGCUGUCCUCAUUUCCCGAAACUCUGAGUAAACCAGCAGGCCAUGGGAGAGUUGGAAGAUGGAUGAGAGGCUGGUAUAAAUAGCGCUCUCCAAGGGUUGUGCAAGACUGGAUACAAGUGUGGCACUGUGUGUGUGUGUGUGUGUGUGGGUCUGCGUGUGUGUGUAAGGGGGGUAGAGAGAAGGAGUGCGUGUGUUUGUAAAUUUCUGCACGUAGGAAGACGUGUUAAUUUGUGUUGUUUUGUGUUGAUCGCGGACAAUUCCAGCCUUUUAGGGAUGGUUGGAGACGCUUCUGUUAUCAGAUCAAUCUGAGACUGGAGGAUGAGCUCUGUGCUGCCUGCCCAAUCUGCUCCCCCAGCAGGAACUGAUCCUGCUCCUCUCUCCCGUCCUCUUCUCCCUCUCUCUGUCUGUUUGUUUUUGGGCAUGAAUUAAUGCACACAGGCAACUAAUUGGGCCUAUUUUUUUUUUUUUUUUUUUCCUGUGAAUUUCCUGUGUGUGGGCAGGGAAGCUUGAUAGCGCAAACCAGAUUCAGUUUCCUUAAUUAGCCUGAAAUCGAAAAUGAAAGGGAGAGAGAGGGAGAGAUGAUUUGAAUUUCUGUGUUCUCACUUUGAAGCAGCUGGUACUCUGCUGGCGUACACUGUCAGCCCACACACUUCCUUUGUGUGUGCGUGUGUGUGUUUAUGUUUGUGUAUUCUUUCUGUGCAUUAUUUUUUUUUUCAUGAACAGUCGACAGCUGCUCAGUUUUCUCUCCCUUUUGCUUGUUCCUCCACCAGGGCUCCUAUGGUGUUGUUAAGCUGGCUUACAAUGAGGAUGACAACACAUACUAUGUAAGUUCAUCAUGUCCAUAAUAAUGUAGAUGUCAUGUCUUCCUUUUAACGCUGCCUCAUUCAACCUUGUGCACACUCACAGACACACCUCAGAGAUGCGCCUCAUUGUCACAUGCACUGGUGUGAUUUUCAGCGACAGCGCCUCAGAUUAAUUGAGCCUCGCUGAGUCGCGGCACACAAGCUUAAGCUUCUCUGUUUGCUGUUUGUGAUUAAUGCUUCGAUCCUCAUUAAGCUGCCUGAUAUUGACAGACAAUGACAGGGAGAUUAUUAUAAUUUUUCAGAGCCCAAAUGUCACAUUCACUGAUCGUAUCACUGCCACAUAGACAGAGGACUGUUAUCAAAUGUAUUUUACCCAAAAUGUAGCUGUCAAACAUUGAGCUGAUUAUUCAUUCUUGCCAGCUAUGGUUAUUGCUAAUGAAAUACUGAAUAUCUCUGACUGGGUGCUUUCUGUAUAGCUGCAUGGCAUGAUUAAGACUAUACAGGUACUUGAAGCUAUCUUUCACAUGCUAUUUUGUGCACAGGCAGCCCUACUUGAAACAAUCAAAUGUUGUUUUGUGACUUGGCAGUCAAAAGUAAGCUGUCGGAUUGUAUUUCAAAACAUCUUAGAUUUUCUGUCUGGUCGGUACCUGCAGUUUUAGAAACACUAGAAAAUGUUCAAGGUGAGAGGGGAAAUGUAGAGUUGCUGCUGUGAUAUCGAUCUGUUGGCGAGUGAGUGGGCGUGCUGCCAGAAAUGCAUCACCUCUCUUUGCUUGACUCUUUUCUUCUUUAAUGUCUCCCAUCUAUGUUCAUAUUUCUCCGGAUCUGAUGCACUCUCACUCUUUCUCUUCUCCUCCCUCACUGUCCGAACCCAUCCCUGUUCCCUCCUGUAGGCGAUGAAGGUGCUGUCCAAGAAGAGGCUGAUGAGGCAGGCAGGUUUCCCACGUAAGUCUGGAGCCAGCGGCAGAUGGCAAACACAGCAGAGUGCACAUUCUCUAAUAAUCUGUCAUUGGUGCAUGAGCACUGCAUAAAAAAAUACCUGUUCUUUUGUCCGAUCCCAUCCAUCACUUGUGACCCUUACCUACUCUUUUACAGGGCGACCCCCCCCUCGUGGAGCCAAAGCAGCGCCUGAAGGCCCCCCGCAGCCCAAAGGACCACUGGAGCGGGUUUAUCAGGAGAUUGCUAUCCUGAAAAAGUUGGACCAUCCUAAUGUGGUAAAACUUGUAGAGGUGAGUGCUGUAAGAGAGUGUGGGGGCGUCUUAGCUGGCAGGAAGUCACAGUGUAUUAUCUAAAACAUGGUGGUAGUCGAAUCAACAGAUACCUACUGUAUGCCUUGAUGACAGUCUGAGCACUUAUACUAACAUAACCUGCCAACAGAUGGAUUUAAAAACAUAUAUGACAUUCACAUCUUGAAAAUUAAUCUCCUUUAAUUAGCCUUGAAAGUUUUCAUUCAUCCUUUUUAUUGGAUGGUUGUGUAUUAUAAAGAUAAUCACUCCUGGUUGCUUGCUCUUGGUAGAUUAAGUAUACAAACACUUUGGGCUAAGUCUUACUUUGAAGGAGCGACAAAGUGUGCUGCCAGCUCUCUAAUGAAACAAUAUUGAGGGAAUCCUUGGAGAGAAGAUCAAAACCUCAAUUUCUGUUAUUGAACAAGAUUUAUUGCCUCCUGCUUUUUCUUCCCUAAAAGUUCAAAGCGAGGUUGGUUUCGCAGAGAAUAAGCUAUCUGCAAAAUACUUGAGAUUUCAGUGUGAAGGGAGGGUUGUUUCCACUUCAUAUAAAAGGUGGUGUGUGAGUGUGUGUGUGUGUGUGUGUGUGUGUUUCCGCUCAUUUCCAUGUCUUUGUGUUCGGUGCCAGGUUUUGGACGACCCCAGCGAGGACCAUCUGUACAUGGGUAUGUUAAGGCCAAACACAACCUCACAUUCACACAUCCAAGCAUAUCCCCCCCAAAAUAAAGUCAGAAAUGAACUGAAAUGUUUUGUAAUCUGCUUUUGACUGUCAACACCAACUCAUAUCUUAACUAUGUUUUUUUUUUCUGUCACAGUGUUUGAGCUGGUCAAGCAAGGGUAAGCCAAGUCUCCGAAGUCAUCUUAGUGGAUAUGAUUGCUAACUGAGAAUGUAUCUGUGUUUGAAUAACUAUUCGCAUGUUGGUGUUUUCAGGGCUGUGAUGGAGGUGCCCACAGAUAAACCCUUCAGCGAGGACCAGUCACGAUUUUACUUCCAAGAUGUUCUCAGGGGCAUCGAAUACUGUGAGUCUUUUCAAUGGUCUGAUACUUUUGCUCUUUGCCUGUGGUGACAUGAAACACACAGACAGCUGUGAUUAAAGUUGUGUAUCCAACUUCUCCUGAUGAUUUUAUACGCAACUAGAUUAACAUUUAAUCUGAUUCAAUGUAUGUACAGCUGCAGAUCAACGAAAUUUGGAUUUAUUUACAAUGAAUGAUGUGUUUCAUAAAUGUGAACUAUUUGAAUGAUUGGCUUAUUACACAGAACUCUUCAGAAUAAGUUCUGCUUAUACUGUAUGAACCCUUUUAGAAUCUUUUGCAUUACAGGGGUAAUAUAAUAUGGAAGCGUUUUGCAAUCAUGAAAAAAAGCUCAUUUAUCCAGAGUAAUUUUUUUCUAUUUUUCAGAGUAAUUUUUUUUUUCUUUUCUGUUUUUCGGAAUAUUUCUUCCCAUUUCUCAGACUAGUUUUUCAGUUUUUCAGACUUUUUCUUUUGUUUUGUUUUUCAGACUAAUUGUUUUUCCUAUUUUCUGGGAUCAUGAUCUUUAAAAACAGAUGGUUUCAUCCUCCUCUGCUCGAUUUACUGGAAGCAAACAUGGUCCACAUAUUUAGUUUAAUCAAGUUUUACUUUCUUUUGGGUUUGUGACGCUGGGAGAUACUCCUUUCUUAAAGUCAGGUAGAUGGAAUCAUCAUAAGUUUGUCUACUUUGUGCACCUCAGGAUUUUCAUACCCUAUGUUUAACUAAUAACAUACUUUACUCUCAUUGACCCCGUAGUCAAAGUUAUAUAGGAGCUGGAGAAUCCACUGAUUUGGAGCAGCCGCGGUGGUUAACGUUAUCUGAUUGUAUAAGAUUCUCGCAGGAUUUUGUACUACCUCGUCCAGUCAGGAAAAAAAAAAAAUGUCUGUAAAAGAGAAUAAAAAUUUGUCUGAAAACAGAAAGUUGGAAAAAAAAAUAUUAGAACAAAAAACAAGAAAAAAAAGGUCAGAAAAACACAAAGAAGGAAAAAAAAACCUGAAAAAAAGUUACGCUUCCGUAAUAUAACUCUUCCAUAAUCACUAUGAUUAAUUCUACUCUGCAGUCAUGAUAUCAGUCUGAGUAUCAUCUGUAAGUAGAUCUGUAGUUCUUCUGUGCCAUUUACAGAAGUUUUCCGUCUGUCUGUGCUCGUCUUGACUCCAGCCACCCACAAGACUCAUUUCACAUAAUCUCAGCGGCUCUUAAUGCAUUUCAGCACACAAGGAAAGGUUUUGCACUAAGUGUCGUCUAGGAGACUAGACUGGGGAAAAGAGAGGGAGGGCUGUGCACCAAAGACACUGCAACAGUCUCAACCUUCAAAUUUCAUUGCAGGAAUUAUCAAUAACUACAAUUUUCACUGUGGAAGUCCCAGUGCAGGUAGUUGAUUUUUAGAAUAAAAUUUUAACAGACAGAAUGACGCUCAGUUUUCUUUCAGAGACAUCUAAAGUAGAAACUUAGAGGGAAAUCCUUUCUUUGGACAGCUGUAGAGAAAUGUUUUGUUAAUAUGCCCUUUAUCCGUCCUUCAUUACUUGUAAAUGUCCUCAUCUCUUGUCUUUGUUUAACAGUACAUUACCAGAGGAUCAUUCACAGAGACAUCAAACCCUCUAACCUGCUAGUGGGAGAGGACGGACACAUCAAGAUUGCUGACUUUGGAGUCAGUAACCAGUUUGAGGGGGCUGACGCCCUCUUGACCAGCACAGUGGGAACGCCGGCUUUUCUUGCCCCGGAGACGCUCUCUGAGACUAGAAAGAACUUCUCUGGAAAGGUGAAGCAGCAGUGAGCAAACUAGUGCUCUCUGGUGGUGAAAUGCAGAAACAUGCACAUCUUUGACCUUUAAGUUUGAUAAAUAAUCAUAAUAUUAAUGUAAAUUUUACUGCCUUUGGGGUGCCAGUUGGACUAGCUAGUUGACCACACAUCCCAUAUGCAAAGGAUUUGCAGUGGUUGUUGCAGUAGUUGCUGAUUCGACUCGCUGCCUGGACCUUUGGCUGCAUGUCUUCCCCUAAAUUUUUCUGGAUGCCUCUUUAGCUGUCCUUCCAAUAAAGGCAAACAUUCCCCCAAACCUGUUUGUACCGUCAUUCCCAUCAACCUUUUGAGCCUAAUCACAUCAUUUGGUGUUACUGUAAAAUGCAACCCUCUAACACCCACAUUUGACCUUAUUGUGUUCAUUUUUCAGGCCCUGGAUGUUUGGGCCAUGGGUGUGACACUGUACUGCUUCGUCUUCGGAGUGGUGAGUGAGGCUAAAUCAAGUGCUUUCAUUUACCCGUUUGGGUUUUUUUUAGAGGUUUUUAAAUGCUGAUGUUCCGGUGGUAUUUGUUUCUUUCAUUCACAGUGUCCAUUUAUGGAUGAGCGCAUCCUCAGUCUCCAUCAGAAGAUCAAGACGCAACCUGUGGAGUUACCUGAACAGUCAGUUCUCUCUCUGUGUUGUCACUGCUGCUAAUGGCUUGAUGGCUGCUUGUUUAAGUUCCAUGUUAUAAUUGCAUAUCUUGUCUGCCUAUCUGUUCUAAUCUAAUCUAUUUUAUAUGAUUAUUUGUUAUCUAAAGCUGUUAAUCUUCUCUCUGAACAGUGCGGACAUCUCAGAUGAUCUCAAAGACUUGUUGUUGAAAAUGCUGGACAAGAAUCCAGAAACCAGGAUAUCGAUCCCACAGAUUAAGGUGAACACUUGUUUUUUAAAAAAAAUCUAUUUACCUCCUGGUUGACUUUUUUUCCUAAUAAAGUAUAUUUGAUGUUACACAAGAUGCAGCAAAACUUUCAAACUAAAAAUCUUGAAAUAAGAAAAUCUAUGAAUCCAGUAGGGCUGGGUCUUUCUUACAUCCUCACUACACAACAGACAUCAGGCCACAGCUAGGGCUCACGAUACCAGAUCUUCCCCCUUAUCCUCGAUUGUGGGUCGGCCUCUGCUGACAUCUAGUGGCUGUAGUGUGCACUGCACCACAGGUGAUUAGGAUGUGGAUCAAAUACAACAUGUAUAUCCUUUAAAAAAAUAAUAAAAAUGUGGUAGAUUGUGAGGUUGAUCAGUUCUGUAUGCUGUCGUUUACUUGUGCAUAUUACAUUCUGGUUAACGGUUGAUCUUCCCUCUUUCAGGUAGAGCAGGCGUCACUUAUUUCCCAUCUUUGUACAAACGUUUUAGUCCAGUUAUGUUUUGAGUCCAUCUUUAGAGAAUAGCUUAAGACGAGUUGUCCUCCUGUUUUGUUGAACAAGCUUAACAUCCUGCCAGGCCUACAGGACCCUACAGCUACAAGGAAGUGUGCUUUAUUUCUGAACAUGAUCCAAAUGAAUGUCCCUCAUAUUGUCUUUGCGUCGUUGACUUAUUGUACCCUGCAUUAUUUACCUUGACCCUCUUUGAAAUUACUCUUCAUAAAAUCUAUAACAGUUCAUUUUUUUAGAUCUUGGUGUUGUCUAAAUCAGACUGAAUCACAGAAAGAACCUCUGUUUCUCCUCGCUUGUGCUCAGGUGCACCCGUGGGUGACAAGGCACGGCGCUGAGCCUCUUCCCCCCGAGGAUGACAACUGCUGUAUGCUAAUUGAAGUGACUGAGGAGGAGGUGGAAAAUUCUGUCAAGCACAUCCCCAGCCUGGCUACGGUGGUGAGCUCCUGUUGUUUGUGCGACAUCAAAUCGGUGCUUGUGUCUGAUAUGUUUUUGUCUCUGGUACCAUCAGUCAAAUGCAGGAUCAUGAAAGCUGUCACACCAGUGUUCACAUAUUCAAACAUAAUCAGAGUAAACGUUUGGUAAUUGCUGAUAUCUGUGUUCAAUUCUUGAUGCUUAAGUAUUUUUUCAGGCUCAUGUUGGUAAUUUUGUUUUUUUGCUGUACAUCAGUCACAUCCCACCAACCUACAUCUCACUUUAUCACAGGGGGUACAUACAUUUGUGGUGAUUCAGUUUUGACUAUCCAAUUAAAUCAUGAUGCUGCUGUUCACCAAUAAAGCCAGUCAGAGCUUUGGUAUUAUCCAAUCAGAAACAGAGGAGAGUGGAUUCACCACUGCCCCCCAGGGAAGGAUCUGAAGUAACAUGUCAGACCUCCACCGGCAGCAUCAUCGCCAUCGCCAACGUGGGCUCCAGCAUCAUGAUCAGCAGCCUGCUGGAGGUUCUCUCAGCCAUUCCACUCCUGUGUAUGAAAGUAUGAACGGAUCCACUGAUAUGACCACUAGUAUGAUUUUAACCGAAAAAUAAAAAAAAGACCCCCUCCUCAGCUGGCUGGAGGGGAAGUGAGGUGUUGGUGCCUCUCGCUGCGACAGCGCACAGAUGAGUGAGAAACGUCCCCUCACACUAUGACAAGGCUAGUGGUGGCAGCAGCAGUGGCUAGUAGGCGCAGCUGGCUGCAGGCUCUGAGCGGGCCCAUUCCGGCGGUGGCGUCCACCACCAUCCACGCCUGCUGUCUGGGCGGCUGCUUCGCUCCAACUGUGGCGAGAGGCUCAUUGAGCUUGCCGCCUGUUUUCCCACGGCGAGGUCGCUUGAGUCGAGAAACUGAAGGGCUCACAGGCUACAGCAUUUAACCUUUUUACUUGAAAGCUUUGAGAAAUGGUUACACGGUAGGUGCCAUUUGUAAAGAGUGGGGCAGCCUAUUGUGGGGGAAUAUGAAACUGGCCUGAAAAAAAAUUUCAGUCAAAGAUAUUCUUGCUUUAAUUCCUGCUACAUCAACACCAGCACUGAUAAAACCCUCAGAACUUUGUGCCUGAGCAAACAUGUGGAUCAUUCGGUCCUGUUAGGAUAGUUUUUCUGUUGAUCCAUAUAUUUAAAAAGCUUUUCAUCCUGUCCUCUUUGUAUCAACUUCUCUAACAAGUAACAGCUAACAAUAUGACAUCUAGUAAAAGGAGCAGAUCUGGUGUUCACAGAUGUUCAUGGAUUACUUUUUCAGAUUCUGGUGAGAACUAUGCUUCGGAAGCGCUCCUUUGGGAACCCCUUUGACUGGGCCCGUAAAGAGGACCGCAGCAGUUCGAGUGCUUCAGGGCAAACACUCACGUAAGGAUUGUGUACACACCAAGAUUCCAGACUGUGCCUCUUGCAUUACUAAGCUAUAAGGAGUUUGAUUCUUAACAAGUGCUCGUUGGUCCUCUUAUGCUCUAAUGACAUUAGGCCUCUGAUGUUUAUUAAGUAGUUUGUCAAGAAGACUGUCACUUUUUUCUCUCCUCCUUCUCCUGCCCUGCAGGAAAGGCAGAGCAGGCAAAGUGAGAUACUGCUACAUUCAUUGUAACCAAAGAAGGUAAAAACCUGUAGUCUUGUGUAAGCAGCAAAGAGUCUAUGUUAAGUCCCACGGCAUGAUAACAGCAGCACUAUUUCUUUCUGUGGCUUUAAAUGUCAAAUACUCUUGUGUUAGUUCCUUAACCAGCCUGUGUUGACUCCAGGUUGUCUGAAAAGUCUUUGCUCACUUGUCUUGUUCUGGGGUGCAUUGAUACUACCCUUCAGACUGUUUACUCAAUCGUUCAUUUUCAAGGGCAUUUUUGCUGAGUCAUGGGUAGUGUUGUGCAGAACCCCUUUUGAAUUUAUAGCUAGUUUGACUUUCAUGAGUGACCUGAGCCGAGCUACAAAACUUAAAAGAGUCAAACCAGGUUUACAUCUGUAGGAUGGCGAUCGUCCAAGUAGAAUCAAGUUCUCUAAAAUCCACUUGAACCAAAAAAUGAAUGAAAAACUGAGUCUGCAGGAUAGCUGCACACCACACUGGUGUCACCGUUGACUGCAAAGGUUAGCUUAGCUUGUUUGGAGCAAAGAAAACCACAUAGUUGUGUGGUCUGCCUUCCUGAUUAAUACCAUGACUAACUGCUUUUUUUUUUGCACUAACCUGCUUUAUUUUAGCCACAGCUGUCGAUUGUUUAUUCCAACAGACAGAAUUCAUGUCUUCAGUAGCCAAAGUUGCACAUUUUGAUCUAAUUUUGUCAGAGCACUCGACUCCUUUAUCAGUGUUGGAUUUAGUGGGAAGUCCAUUAAACAUUAUGGUGGCUGUGGUUCAAAUCACCUGCAUUAGCUUUGCCCACCUUGAAUGCAGACUUGCAGUUUUUACCAGAAUUGAACAUUGAAUCCAGGGUGUCUGUUCAAAAUUGCUGCUCAUUAAUUUGCACGAAGCCUUUGAAAAUUCACCCCCUCCUCCUCCUCCUGUCCCCAUUUUUUCUAGUUUUCCCUGGUCUGUAUUGUUUGAGCGUCCACUUCUGUGUUGGGUUCAUCUGUGUAAAGUCUAGUUCGUUAUCUCACAGUUAUCUGGUUGGUUAACUAGUUUUACAUCGGCAUAAUCCCUACUGUGUGGAGCAUUAUGGGAUGGAUGACAUGUCCACUAUAGUGCUGGAGCUAACACUGCGUCUCUGAUAUGUUACUUAGGAAACAAGAGAGCGGCGACGGCAUGAGGAGUAUGGACUUGCCCUACGUGGGAGAGGAUGAGACUCUUUCCUGAUGCGGAGGGUUUACUUUGCAUGCUGGGUUUACUCUGCCUGCAACCACACAGCACAGCACCCCUUUACUCACGGUUUCAUACUGCCACUCGACACUUAGAUACAUUUCCUGUGACGUGGACAGGCGGCAGACGCAGGAAAAAGUGAGAAAUACGGAUCUAAGGCACUUUUUUCGAGCUUAUAUUCAGUACUCUCCACUUCGAAGGCUCAGUCUGAAGACGUGGAGCUUGAAGCCGUCACAUGAGACCCUGAAGAGGAGGAUUUCUCCUAAACCCUGAACCUGUCUUCAGCCUUUGUUACCCCACCCGCUCCCCUCUUCUUAUCCUGCAUGCGUUUAGCCCCGGCAUGCUGCGUCUCAGGCUUCGACUGUACAGUUUGGUGUUUUAUUGUAGUCUAUCGACACAUAUUUCUCCUUCUUGUCUCUACUUGACAAUUCUUUCAGGUACACAGGGCAUGAGAACAGGGUGACGGUCGACCUUGGUGGUUCUCUUCAGCAGGGCAGGUUUUCUUGACCAUGAUUGUCCAGCUUACUCGGCUUCAGAGUGACAGGGCCCAAUUUUGUAAAAUAUUUUAAAGGGACGUACAUGUACAGUUUUCCUGAAACUAAAAAAAGGGAGUGAAAAAUGUUUACUUUGUUGAAUGCAUGUGUUUACUUCCAAUGCAAACACUUUAUAAGCUACAUAUUAACAUUUGCACGCUCGUAGUCGAACUUGUUUAACACGAUCUGAUUGGUUCCUCUUAAGGCUCCUGUUUACUGGGACCAAUCAAAAGCUUUAAAACCACUUAUGUAGAUCUUCAAACAAUCAAAUCCAUCAUGAAUAAGUUCAAGAUAGCAAAGAAAAAUGGACAUCUCGUCUCUGCACCACGAUGUUUAGUGGGUGCUUUCUAUUUUAAAAUGAUAGUACGUCCUCAGUGAUGAUCUACCAAAUUUAUAAGAGAAAAAAAUGAAUGUGUUGGUGCAAAAAAUGAUUCUGUAGCUGUCGUGUGUAAUGAUUUAAAUAGUUUUCAAAAGUACUAAUCGGUUCUCCUCUCCGGGUCUUUGGAAAAGCAAGGUUGUGUAGUGAUACAGUUUCACAUUUAUUCACUCUUUUGUAUUUGUUUCACACCUCAAAGUGGAUGUUUGUUUGUAGACUGAAAAACAGAGGGUGACUGAACCCUGAAGUUAAGAUUGUGACUGUUUUCACUUGUUUUAUUUGUUCUGUUUUGUACCGUCAGGAUAAUUAAUGUUCUGUUAAAAAGGCACAUUGUUGGUACACCAAAAAUGUCAAUUCCGUAUUACUUUGUAUAAAUAUGGUAGGAUCUCUUCAAGAAAACAAACCUUUAAAUGAUUUGUUCUUUCUGAGCUAUAACAGCAGAGUCCAGGAGUAUGUUUUCAGAUGAAGCAUAGUGCAGCUGCAAACUUUUUGUACAAAUCUAUGCAUGACAUAUCUGUAGAUGUGUUGGAGAAAAUGUUAUCAUCAUCGGUCAGAGGAGAAAGCCACUCUGCAAAGAUUUCAAAUGAAGUGACAAAGUAUUUUUUUAUUUGUUGAUGUGUGUCAUUUUAGAUGAUCCCAAAGGAGUAAAUUAGCAUUUUCCACUUUAGUUCCUUUAGUUUGAGCACUUUCAUGUUUUCUUUUGUUGCGACUUUCUUCAAUGUUUGUGUCAGCGAUGAUAAAAUCACCCGUGUCUAAAGAAUAUCGAUUCAUAAAUGAACAUAACAUUUGAUGCUUCCACACUAAUCACUCCAGCACUUACAGUAGGUGUUGAUUGUAUAAGAAAUAAAGAAAGGGACUUUUUCUUUUUUUUUACAUUUUAAUGCAUGUCACUGAACUGUACACACUGUAUGUCUGUGAUAAAGACGAGCACUAUGCAUAUGAUGUGUCUUUCCUGUGUGGUGCAAUGUAGUGGCUUGAUGAGGAAGGCUGUGUGUGGUUGACCAAUCAUGGUUACUUUUGCUCACCCCUUUAUCUCCCCCCUUUACAAAAAUGCAAUGAAGUUGUGUUCCCACAAACAGAAUCUUAUUGUUGACAUUAUUGUCUCAUUACUCUUUUAGGAAACUCAGAAAUUAUAGCCAACUUGUUAAUUGCAACUUGUUUUUUUGUACUGUGACGUGUUACCUCAUUUAAAACAGUUUCCACACAUUGAGCAGAUUUCACCCUCUGAAUAACUGUAUAUUUUUACCUUGGGCAAAAAAGACAGCUGGCGUCUUUACAUGGAAGUUUGUGCUGAAGGAGAUUUUCAGAAUGAAUGCAAGCCACAAAAAAGCUGUACGAUUUUUAUAUAUAUAUGAAAACACAUAGUAUGAUAUUUAAACCUGUACUUUGUUUAAAUGCAGUCUCUGCCCUUUUGUUUCAGAAGGGCAGACGAAGUGAUUAACCUUUACUGGUCACACAGUUUUACAUUCUGUGGUGUAAGUUGAUUUGAAGACGAGCUUUGGGGGCUCUUUUCCCCUGAAUGCAUGCCAACAUACUGAACACAUACCACUGUAUCAUCACAGCAUGAGGGGUCUUUAACUACUCAUCGGACCCUUAAAUAUUCUAUACAUACUGUAUCUUGUUCAUCAUUUGAAUAAAAUAUUACUGCCUUUCUGUAAUGUUUCUGGUCUCUGUGUAAUUAAGCUGCAGUUCUUGCAUAGGCCACUAGUGUGUGCUGUGCACUUUAAAGAGAGACUAAAAAGGAGCUUAAUGGCCUGAAAAUCACAUUUUGUUCUUUGGAUUAUUUGUCAACAGCAGAUUUCCUGCUCUUGUCAUGUUCCUCAGCUGCACUACACACCUUUUACACAAGACUGAUUUCAGCAUUUCGAUAUAAGAUGUUCUUGUAAACAGUCACAAUUAUAAGUAUUGCAAUGGUUUUAGCAAAGGUUCAAAAUUUGACUUCUGCUCUACUAACACUUGCUUUUAUCAAAUGAUUACAUCAAGUGAACUGUCAAUAAAAAUGUAUGACAUUGACAGCCUGACUUGAAGUCAUGUUAAAUGUUUUUCCCAUUAAUAUUCUAAGUGUGAGGAUUUUAAAAAUGUAAAAAGCAGGUCUUUUUUAAAGUUAUUAUGACACUUUCACUAUAUUGUAAUACAGAGAGCGCUAACAGGACAUUGUUCAGGUAUCUUCAUAUAUCAGAUCUGAACACAGGCAACAUCUGGCAUAAAGAUAAAUACAUAAAUACUUGAGGAAAGACAGCUGUCUGCCAGGCUCUUGAUAAAUUCCAAAUAAUUUACUCUGUUUACUUGAGCUGACAAUCAAAUGGCAAAUCGGCUUUAGCACAGCAAGUUGAGAGUAAAGCCUGUCCUUUAUCCUGAUGAGGUUACUGCCAAAAUUUAAACACUAACUUAUUGAAAAGCACAAACCCAAAAUGAUACUAAUACCAUGACUAAUACUAGCAAUAAUCAUAAUGAUAUACAUACAGUCAUCAUUAUGCUCACUAAGUGUUCAUAGAUAUGCAGUCUCAGAAUCAGUGAGUCAGAAAUCCCAUCAGUGAAAAACACAAACAAACAGUGAAGGUGAAAAAGAGAAAAAAAAAAACCCUCUGCCAUCCCACUGAUCCAUCAGCACUGCAACUCAACAAGCACCCGUGACAUUGGUCAAGUCCCUGGAGUCAAAGCCUGUCACAAAUCACUCUCCCUACACAAGAGUGUGAUGUUCAUCAUAUAGUAUUCAGGGUAAGAACAGUUCAGAGGCUAUUUCAGGUCUUGAACUGUAGUUUUCAUGCCCCUGCUGGGGCUGCAAAACUCCACAUCAGCAAAUAAGAAGUGCUGAUUGUGGCAGAAUGGAAGCUUUCACUCUUCAUGCUCGGGUUAUUGUUUACCUGACGGAGGCUGCCAGAGGUACCGAAAUGCACAAAAAUGCACUCUAACAGCAUGUUACUGCAAAGGACUUGCUCAGCGUUCUGUAAAGCUGCAGCUCAGACCUACUUGUGCAGGUGAGACGUUUUUAGCUCGCUGACUGCACCUUUCUUCCUCCUUUCCUUCACUGCAUCCCUUCUUAAAUCAGAGCUGGCUGCAGCCUCUGGCUUUUAAAGAGGACAAUUAUCACAUGAGAAGUAAAAGAAGUUAGAAAAACAUGUUAAAGAGAUUGAAGACCUGUCCUGUGGAGAUAGAUGUGAAGUGGAUGAAUUGAUUGUACACGCUGUACUUGAAAUGAUUAAAGGACCGUGAAUCAUACUAUGACUGCUUGUUCAAGUGAGAAAGAAAUGAAAUAAGGCACUUGACAUCAGUCAUUUACAUCAAUGAGACGAUUUUUGCUAAAAGAAUCUCAGAGUCGAGAAGCUACUGAAUAGAAAUGAACAAUGGGGAUCACUUUCUGCUACUCAGACUCACAAUUGAAGUUUAGUGUUUCACAAAUGACUAUUUCUGUUGGAGCGUAAAAUAACGGGGUGAACAAAUGAGCCUUUUAGCUUUUGAGAUCACUUUGAU